AUGGUUCGGCGAUAUGCUCAGAACGUGAAUCUCACAAUCACUCAGACCGCAGAUUCGGAGAACAACAUCUUCGGCCGCACCCUCAAUCCACACAACACAAUCCUAACAGCCGGUGGAUCCAGCGGCGGCAAGGGUGCACUAGUACCAUUCCGGGGAUCGAUUUCGGGGGUGGGGACCGAUAUAGCCGGCUCGAUUCGCAUCCCCGCGCUAUGCUGUGGCGUGUACGGCUUCAAGCCAACGGUCGACCGUAUCCCCUUCGGUGGGCAAGUCUCCGGCGCCGUCAAGGGAAUCCCGGGACUUGAUCCAGUCGCAGGUCCGCUGGCCCAUAGCAUCGCCGAUCUCAAGCUGCAGAUGAGUUCCGUCGUCGCCGAUGGCCAGGCGUGGAAGUAUGACUCUGCUGCCGUCGGGGUCCCGUGGCAAACCACCCCGUCUGGUAUCAACGCCAGCGAAAGCUUCACUAUCGGCAUGCUUGCUGAUGAUGAGCAUUUCCCGCUCAACCCGCCUGUAAAGAGGGCUCUAGAUCGGGCUGUUGAGGCCUUGACGCGUGCAGGAUAUCUAUCAUCCGAAUUGGUGGUGGCGAUGAAGCACAGAGUUUGGCAUAUGCGUCGCGUAUUGCAUUUCAGUAUUUCAACUCUGGCCCGCACAAGGCUAUUAUUGGGACCAGCUGCGAUCCAGCAAGGCCUAGGACCGUUUGAGACUAUCCUGGAGUUGCAUCAGAAGCUUGAUGUGAUUCUGGCUCCUGGAGCUCAGAGUACAGCAGUGGGCCAUGAUACAUAUGGGUGGCCUUCUUAUACAGUGAUGUGGAACGUCUUGGAUUAUCCCGCAUGCAUUAUUCCAUUUGGAAAAGCGUCCAAAAAGCUUGAUCCCGAGCCUAUGACAACAAGUGACGAUUCGCAGCCGGACUAUAUCACCGAUGAGGUAGAUGGCGCCCCACGCGCUAUCCAAGUCGUCACCUCUCGCUUCCAAGAUGAGAAGUGCCUGUGGGCGGCGGAUAUCAUUGACCGGGUAUUGGCCGUUUAUAGCAAUGAAUAUUGGAAUGCUAUAUGGUUGAGGGCAAUUUGUCUACCCGCGUAA